AUGGGUAUCACUGGGCUCGUCCGAUGGACUAAUGCACCCACGACUGGCCUCGAACUCAUCCGCGAGAACAUCCGCCGCAACCUCAACGGCAAUUUUGUUGAGCGCUGGCAACUUUCUGUGCGAUCAUACCGCUCUACAUUGGGCGCACUGGCGCCGGAGCGCUCGAUGUGCGCGCUAACGAUGGGCGAGAACGUGUUUGUGUCGAUCGAGGACCCGUUCGCGCCGUCGCGUAGAGAGUACGCUGCCAAUCCAGAGGGUUACUUCCAAGGUCGCGCGAACCGAGAUCCUCCGCCCCAUUAUCGACAUACGUUUCUCACACUAUCGCCACCCGGCGCGCUCGAGCUGCUGCUCGGGCAGCUUCGUGCACGGUGGAUGACCACCAAGCAAGCCGUGGCGCAGGGACAAGCUGCGCGCGGCCCGAAUGCACAGCAACUUGUUGUGGACGGCUUAGUCUGGGCCAUUGGGACGGAUUGGAUAGUACGUGCGGGCAACGUCGUGCUGAAUGGUGUUCCAAGGGGGAUGCUUCUGGAGGCUGAAUAUCUUCCGGUGCCGACAAUGGACUUGACCAAGGCACAAAACCUGAUCUCGAGCCUACUCAGCAUUGCCGUUCCUAACGUUCGCGAUGCACGAUUAACGGUCGUUACGAUUAGCGAUGAACAUUGGGCCGACGCACUUUGGAACAGUGACGCGGAGGAUACACCUUCGGUACAGAAGCCAGCGCCAGGAGUCGAGGAAACCGAUGAGUAUUGCGCCCUGAGAGAUGACGACGAAGAGAUGUGUCAGAAUGACUGGGUUGGUGUUGCGCGCGAUAGACGUUCAGCGUACCUGAUUCUCGGUUAUUCCCAUGCCCAGAAGAAGAAGGAUGUGCAGUUCUCAUGA